AUGACUUUUCGUCGACAGAACGUAGUCUUAGUCUUUUGGCUUGGACUUUUGGUUGUGUUUGACGUUUUACUGGUUUCGUCUAUUCGAGUCACUUUUGACGGUAGCAAGCAGAUACACUUUUCAGAGCCUUUGACGGCCUCUCAAAAAUCUUUUCAUUAUGGCAAGAAAAGCCUGGAUGAAUUAGAUAAUGAAUUUUCUAAAGAGAUUUUACCUAGUGUUACGUUGUUCACCGAUCACGGAGAUAUCUUACAGGCCACUGGCAUUAGGUGUGAAGUGUGUCAUGCUAUUGCGCGUCAUAUUAAAGAAUUCUUGAUGUUAAAUGCUACCCAAGAGAUUACAAUUCAAGAGGGCAUUCUCAUUUGUUCAUUAUUGAGGCUUCAAACUCAACGUGUGUGCUCUGAGAUCAUACCCAAGUUUGCUCCUUGGGUUAUAACAGUUCUUGCGCAUUCUGUAUUUUCUGCGGAAAAUUUGUGCACGAAAGCUCGUCUAUGCCCAAAAUCAGACACACCAGAAAAGCCAGAAAUUAUUGAUCUACCGGCACCAAUUACUGAAAAUCAUCAUGUAACAAUUUCAGAAGAACAAAGUGACAAUGAUGAUCAAAAAAUGUGGGUUGUUCAUUUGAGUGAUUGGCAUUAUGAUUCAGAAUAUGCUGAAGGUUAUGAAGUGAACUGUGGAGAACCAGUCUGUUGUCGUGCACCAAAUGCUUUUGGUGAUAAGGCUACCACCCCUGCUGGAAAAUGGGGAGAUUAUAAUUAUGUGCCCAAGAAGUUAAUUGAAAGCAUGUUAGAAUUUUUACCAACUGCUGACAAUACAAAUCAAACUGCAAAUAUUUGGCGCAAAUUUUUCACUUCUGCGCCAUUUUUCCCUGUUAUUGGAAAUCAUGAAUCAGCACCCGUCAACUCUUUUCCAACAUCUUCUAUAAGUGAUAUUGCAUCCAUUUCUUGGUUAUAUAAUUCAUUAUCAUCACAGUGGAAUGAUUGGCUUUCUGCUGAUGUUCUUGAAUCAAUUGAAAAAAAUGGAUUUUAUGCUGCUAAAUUGCCUCAACAUAACUUACGAGUUUUAGGUAUUAAUACAAACUAUUUCUACAAAUUAAACCUUUGGCUUCUUAUGAGACCAAAAGAAGAAUGGGAUCCUGAGUGGAUGCUAAAAUGGGUUGUUAACCAGCUGGAUGAGGCAGAAAAACUUGGUGAAAAAGUCUGGAUAUUAGGUGUAUGCAAACUUUUCUUUAUGCAUAUGUCUGCUUUAGACCAAGAUGCUUUUCCAUCUAUGGGAGUUUAUUUUUCACAAAUUGUUGCUAGGUAUAAAGAUACAAUUGUCGGUCAAUUUUAUGGUCAUUCUCAUUGGGACGAAUUCAAUGUUAUUUAUGAUAAGUCGACCAAUGAUUCUUCGAAAGAACCAGAAGCCGUUGGUAUUGCAUAUAUAGCUCCAAGCGUUACAUCUUAUAAAAACAUGAAUCCUGCCUUCAGAGUAUAUGAAAUUGAUAAGGUGACAAAGAAAAUUCUUAAUCAUUAUACUUAUUCCAUGGAUCUUCAAGAAGCAAAUCGUCUUGAUAAACCAGAAUGGAAAUUAUUGUAUAAUGCAAAAUCAUUAUACGAACUUGAAAAUUUGGAACCAAAGAGUUGGCAUGAUCUUACUGAAAGAUUUGUUACUGAUACGGAUGCCUAUAAAACUUUCAAAAAAACGGCUUCGCGAAAUCAUUAUCUUGAUAAAUAUGGAUCAUGUUCAGCACUUGAUAUACAGUGUCGUAAUCGUAUUAUAUGUAAACUUCGUGGCACUAACUCUGGUCAUGGUCCAUUUUCUGAUAGUGAAAUUUGUAAAAAACAUGGAUGGCUUCCUCAUUUACCUGAAGAUUGGUUCUUAAAUGCUGCAUUGGGAAAGCAUGGACUUUCAAAGACUGUUGUUAGGUUGAUCAUGAGAUUUGUUAUGGGAGGAGACGACGCAGUGUGUCGCUAA